AUGAUCCAGAAAGCUUCGUUGGAAGACGCAAUGUUGGCUUCCGUUCCCUCCGCCGUUGGACACCUGUUGGUCAAGGAACCGAUCCAAACCAAAACAUCCCCCCAGAUUCCCGCUCAGACACCGUUAUCCGACACGCAAGCCAUCACGACGACUGGCCCUCCAACGUGGACACCGGGCUCUGCUUUCCAAGUCCCAUACUGCCACAGACGCACUCAUCUCAAGUGUGGCUCAAAGGAAGAGGCAGAACCACCACGAAGCCCCCAAGUACACUCCUUGUACCGAUCCUCUCAUCUCUCUGCUGCUCACCCCCCUGAGCGCAAACUGCCGCCUUCGGAGCCUGAUCCAUUGCAGUGCAAAGCCCAGCAUAACAGCCAACAGACCAAGGGCCGUGUGCAGUGCCCAUCUCUACCCGCACAGCCCCCCGCCACAUCGGGCCCCUCCACCAACAACCAGCCUCCCAGUCUACUACGUCUGUACGGAUCCAAUACGUCUGAGUAUUCCGUACAGAUACCUUACCUCGAGAAAGCUGUGGUGUCUACUCCGUCCACCCUUAAAUCGCCAAGCUCAGUGUGCCACUUGCACGACUCCAUUCGCAACCCACCACUCAUCCCAGAGCUUCCCUGGCCCGAUUUGACCGAGCGAGCCUCGCGUGUUGCUGCUUCCGUUGCGACCGCUGCUGCUGCUUAUGCUUGUCUUGGGAAAAUCGAUGCAGAAGCGAGAAUAAGCUGCAUCAGCCCAGCUGCACCCACUCAGAACUUAGGUGCCCUGUUUAGCUGCUUCACCUUGCUGAGGUACACAAGUCGCGCGACCUUGUGGCCUGGGCUGAGAGGUCUUGUUUCUGCUGGUCACUGCUCUCGAUUCUUCUUCUUUUCCACCCCCCAUUUCCGCACCCUCUCCAACAACCGCCCGCCGGUCACAUCUCCAGACUCCGGAACAGGGCGCCGCUUUCUCCAACCCCUCCGACCUGACUUUGCGCCAACUCCCAUCAACGCCCAUCUCGACGCUGGAACGCGCACUGCUAGCAGUACUCGCCACAGCGCCCGGCCCGACGAAGCCAAACCCCAGGCUACCGGCCAACUGCGAUCCGUUCAUGUAAUGCCGCCGCUUGGCCUUGCGCUCUGCUCUUGCUGUUGCACGUCCCCGAUAGCUUGGACUCAACUGUCUGGACCCCACACCCACCAGGCGGCAACGCGCGCAGCGCCUAGGAAGCACGACUGCCGCCCACCGACACGCAUGAGAACCUCACCUCUAUCAUCCGCCCAACGCCAUUACCACUUUCACGCCGACGAGAGACGCAUUCUGGAUACUCUGGCGAUCCAGCCACCCCGAAUCGAAGGCAAAGUCGAGAUCCGUCCAUCACAGGGCUAUUCCAUGCCCGUUUCCGUUUCGCUGGUGCGCAUUUGUCUACAGCGGAGAGAAACAAUACACCCCGCCGCCGAGAAUGUUGCGAAGAGGCACCUGGGAACCCCGAGAAGGGAAACGACGGACGUAGUCGGCAAAGAGCUUCUGCUGUUCAGAUGUCAAUCAGGAAAGGAUGCUGAGAGCGUCAUUGCGAUGGAUUUGCCGUUCGUCCUGUUCAUCCCGUUUGGAAGAGGUGGCGAAGAAACGAACCGACGAAUACCCCCGGCAUCAUUGCAACUCCCCAGCCGAACGGCCGAGACGUACUACGAGCUUGUUGUUACCGUGCAACAAGGACACACCCUACAGAACAAAUACUCCUUUCCUAUACCACUCCAGCGAUACGACACUUUGUCGACCUUCGGCAUGUACAACAAGCCAGAGUCGAGGCAAGUCAGCGACGCAAGCGUUGUCACACUGGGCAUCUCGGUCCCCAAAUGGAGCUACGGCCCACUAGACCCGAUAACAGUCUAUAUAAAACUAGUACCCAACCCCGACUGGAUGAAGAAAGCGUUGAAGGUUACGAUUCAGAAGAUCACCGUCACCAUCGAGGAGGAGAUCACGUACAACCCAGAAGGCGACGAGCCUACGAAGAAGGUCAACAAAGUUGCCAAGAACACGCAGUUGGUCAAUACGAAAAUGCCCGAGGCUGGAUAUGCAACAAAUUUGGGCUUAGUGUUUCCCUCAAAGGACUUGCGCGAUCCGGACGGCAUCAUUCGCAGAGGAAAACCGGCCUUUCCGCUCUAUGAAGUUACUUCGUUCACGACGAGCUCAACCUUGUACAAGAUUGAGUUUUAUUUGACGGUCAAGGCGCAGCUAGGAUCGACCAGAGAUUUGACCGUCAGGCAGCCGCUGGUUAUUUGUCCAAUGGACCAGCAAGCGUGUAAAGAGGAAAUGGACGCCAUCGAACAGGCUGCAAAGGACGCCUCGCAUGUCGACCCGAACAACCCUAUGCUCCCUGCCCGGGCGAUUGUUUUAGCGAACGACCGAGAGUCUCUCAAGACGUUGGGAUUAUGUCUGGUGGGAGGGCAGAAGAAACCGCUGAUUGAAUGA